AUGUACGAUCCCCUCGGGUUCGUCGCGCCUAUUGUUCUGCCAGCCAAGAGUCUGUUGCAGAACCUAUGCAAGCAGAAGUAUGGCUGGGACGAGGAGAUUUCCGAUGCAGAUUCUAUUGUAUGGCAAAGUUGGCUGAAGGAACUAGCAGUUUUGAGGUCAAUAUCUGUGCCCAGGUGUUUCAAGCCGCCAGGAUUCGGUGCAGUCGUCAACGUCCAAUUGCAUCAUUUCUCAGAUGCUUCCGAAUAUGGUUACGGAGCAGUAUCAUAUCUCCGGUUUGUCGACGACAAGGGUGUUCCACACUGUUCCUUUGUCCUUGGGAAAUCUCGCGUCACCCCUCUUAAAACAGUGUCCAUACCACGUCUUGAGUUGGCAGCCGCAGUGGUAGCGGUGAACUUGAAUUGCCUGAUCCGGAACGAAUUAGAGUAUCCCAUACACGACACAAUCUACUGGACGGAUUCUACCGUAGUUUUGCAGUACAUUCGCAACGAAUCAAGAAGAUUUCACACCUUAGUGGCCAACAGAGUCGCGAUGAUACAUGAUGAAUCCUUACCGCAUCAAUGGCGACAUGUCGACACUUGUGCCAAUCCUGCUGACAUCGCAUCCAGAGGCGCGAAAGGCUCCGAAUUACACAAGUUGGAGCGAUGGCUCAACGGCCCGAAGUUUCUGUGGAUGGAAGAGGAAAAGUGGCCCGAACAACCGUCCCAGCUGUCGGAAUUGCCUCUGGAUGACACUGAAUGUAGGAAAUGCCCUGGUCGUGCGAAUGUCAUCGUCCGUGGUAAAAUUUUGGAACCGCUGCUGUCCCGCUUCUCAUCGUGGGACCGUCUUAGAAAUGCCAUAGCCUGGUUAGUACGUUUCAAGAAGUAUUUGGUUGGCCUCCUUAGCAAGGAUCCAGACAGCAUUCCCAAGGGACCCCUGACUGUGAGUGAAGUUAUUGCUGCAGAGAGUGUCAUCAUCAAAGCUGUCCAGCACGACGCAUUUCCAGCGGAGCUGGUUGUG